AUGCCACCUGUAGUAGCGGCAGCGAAGCGGCUGCUACAGGCAGCGACAUCGCUGCCGCUACAGAUAGCGCCUGCAGUGAUGCAGCAGCGUGCCUCUGUGAGCGGCGGUGGGCCUUGGAGAUGGUUUGUUGAAUCUAUGUUGGACUGCUGCGAGCCUUUGGAAAAGGUUAAAGAUAAAGACAUCUCGUUUGGGAAGGUGGUAUGUUUGGCUCAAUGUGCAGGAGCUAAUGUUGAAGCUUUUCGCGCAAACCAAAGCACUAUUGAUGAAUUUCGUAGAUAUGUAGUGUCAUGCUCAACUUCAUAUGAUUGUCAUGUGAUCUCAUCAUAUCAUAGAGGAGCUUUCAAUCAGACUGGAACUGGUCACUUUUCACCUAUUGGUGGAUAUGAUGCUGGGAAGGAUAUGGCUCUUAUUCUAGAUGUUUGGGUUCCACUCACUCUUCUCUGGAAAGCCAUGAGUAUUGUUGAUGAAGCAACUGGACUACAUAGAGGGUUCAUGCUUGUAUCUAGGCGUCAGAGAGCAUCAUCUUUGCUUCAUACCCUGAGCUGCAAACAUGAAAGUUGGGUUAGUACUGCAAAGUACUUGAUGGAUGAUCUUCCAGUGCUGUUAAGUUCAAACGAUGUGAAGGAUGUAAAACAUGUCAUCUCUACUGUUUUCAAGUCUCUCCCAUCAGAUUUUGCAGAGUUCAUUAAGUGGGUGGCGGAGGUUCGCAGACAAGAGGAAGGUGGUCAAGGUGUUAGCCAAGAAGAGAAAGAAAGGGUGGCUAUCAAGGAGGAGGUGUUGAAACAAGUAGAAGAGACUGGACUUUACAAGCAUGUAACUGAUAUUUUAUCUUCAGAAAAGUCUUCCUGCCAAAUCAAACAGACUAUUGGUCUCAGAGAUAGUUUGCCUAACAUUGCAGCAAGUGUUUGCUGUCAAGGGGCUGGGUUUUUGACUGGGAAAUUGGGCUUGGCAGAUAGGUUUUGCUGUCGGGAGACAGGUGUGAGAUGCUACAUGGCUAAUGGCGACAAGCCUGUUACAGUAGUUUCUGGGACUGUGGUCAACAGCAAUGGAGAGCAAGGAGUUGAUAUGGUCGUUCCUUUAUCUCAAAAAGAGCCUAACUGCUGCAGUGUUGGCUCCUGUGGUUACUCCGUAGUGCACCCUGCAAGCAACGAUAUUUUGACAGCACUUUUGCUGGCAUUGCCACCACAAGCAUGGAUGGGUAUCAAAGAUUACGAGGUUUUGCAGGAUAUGUCCGGCUUAGUUUCCACUGAGAAGCUUCCUCAUUUACUUCAAGAAGAGGUACCAAUAUCACUUAUAUUCUCUCAAAUGAACUACAUUCUUAACUUUUCUUAACCUUCAUAUUGUUCCAGAGUGAGGGUUUUAUCUGUUUAUUUGAGAAAAAAUUGAAGCGUUGGUUAUGUUGUUCAACUCAUUUCUUAAACUCCUCAUUAACCAUUUAAAAUAAGAUGGCAUUGAAACAUUAAACCAUAUAUCCAAUAAAUUUGGGGUGUUGGGUUAUAUUCAGUUGGAUAUCUUCGUGGUCAAAUAGAAACCUUCCAACUGCUUAGCUACAAUAUUCAUUUUCAU